AUGGACGUAUCAGCAGUAAAAUGGGCAAUAUCAAACAGAACUGUCUUGAAAUAUUUAUUUCCAAACCAAAAUGGAACUUUAUAUUGUGUGUGUCAUAAAUCCACAUACUCUUCUCUUCCAGAUGACUAUAAUUGCAAAGUAUCACUUGCUUUGACAUCUGAUGGCAGGACGAUAGUUUACUAUCAUCCUUCUGUGGAUAUUCCAUAUGAAGAUACCAAACCUAUCCCAUGGCCAGAUCUUGUGCAUAAUUAUGGGGAAACACAGGAUCAAAUACCAAAAACCAGAUUAGAAGAAAAGGAUGAACACUUUGAGCAAGGAUCCAUGAUAGAACAACUUAGCAAAAUGUUCUUUACUACUAAGCACCAUUGGUACCCUUGUGGACAGUAUCAUACAUGUUGUAGGAAACUGAAUCCUCCAAAAGACAGAUGGUAUUGA